GGUCAAUGAGUUUCCAAACAGUUCUCAAAUUCUAAUGUCACAUUCUCAUAGUCAAAAAACUAACGCUUCUUUCAUCUCUUUUUUUCGUUCUUCUAUAGGUUGCUGCGGGGAAAAUAAAUAAAAUAAUAAUAUCUCAACAAACCAGAAACUGACAUUUGAUUUGGAAUUUGGGUUGCACCACCUACUUCUUCAAUUCUGCAUCAGCAUCGUCGUCUCUGUCUUUCUAGUUACACUUUGGUCGGAUCGUACCAAAGGUGAGGCAGGUAACACCAGGAAAGAGAUGGCUCAUGUUGGAAAAGUUAUGCCAAACUGUGUAUAUGCUUCUAAUCCCUACCAUGAAUGCGCGGAAGCUUGCCUGCAAAAGAUCAAGGAGAUCAAGCCAUCUAAAAAUAAAAAGAGUUCCGAUUAUCGCAGAAGUGUUACAGAAGGUGAUCUUGGCAAAAAGAUGAAUGAAGAAAAACGCACGCACUCAGGUUGUCCUAAAGCAUCUAAUCCUUAUCAUGUCUGUGAUGAAAAUUGCCACAAAAGAAUGUCAGGAGUUGAUUCAGGUUCCAUUUCCUUAAACUAUGGCAGGAAAAAGAAGCUAGGUUCUAAACCAGAACACCCUGUUCUUGACAGUGUUCCAGCCUCAAAAAUUGGGGCUAUUUAUCUCUCUGAUGCUUCAUCACCAAUACCAAAUUACUCUGAAAAGAAGAAAGUGGAGCCAAAAAGCAACGAGCUAAUACCAGUUUCCGGAGAAUUACAUAUCCCAGCUGGCACGACUGUCAAUCACAAAGUCCAACCAAAGGGCGGUGCUGAGAAUCUUACCGACCCAAUACGAACAAAGCAAGAAGUGGACAGAAAUGCUUCACCGAAAGUUGUUCCAAUCACCUCUGUUGAUGACAUAAGAGAAGGUCUUAUUAAAUCAGCUGGUGGGUCCAUGCAUUUUUGUUUAUCUGGAGUUGGUCAUGACAAUGAAGAUAGUGAUGGAGAGGAGAGCGAGUCUGUGGUUUCUGAAUGCCGUAUUCCUGUUGGAAAAUACCAUGUGAAAGAAAGCUUUGCUCCCAUCCUUCGGUCCAUCUUUGACAAAUAUGGGGAUAUAGGAGAAAGCUGCCAUUUGGAAUCAGUUGUCAUGCGGUCAUAUUAUAUUGAGUGUGUGUGCUUUGUGGUCCAAGAGUUACAAUCUACCUCAAUAAUGCAACUAACAAAGUCCAAAGUCAAAGAAUUAUUGGCUAUUCUUAAGGAUGUUGAAUCUGCUCAACUUCGUAUUGCCUGGUUGCGUAGCAUAGUUGAUGAAAUUGCUGAAAACAUUGAACUCAUCAAUCAGCAACGGUCCGUGGAGAUGGCAAAGGCUGACUCUGAUCGUAAAGUUGAAUCAUUGAGGAAAGAGCUAGAAUCAGAAGUUGAAACUUUGGCUCAGAAAGAACAAGAGUUAGCUGAUAUAAAAACAAGAAUUGAAGAUAUCAGAGAGCAAUUGAACGAGCUUGAGCUGAAGUCUUCUGAUUUGGACAAGAACAUGUUUUCCAUCAAGUCCAAGGUUGAUAAUUUGGAUAGCAAGUCCUUGCUAGAUGAACUAUUGUAAUGUUACUGCUUAGCUAAUUUGUCUUUGAAGUGCACCUUUAGUAGUAUUGUGGUGGUAAAAACAAGUAGAAUAUGCUACUGAAUAAACGCAUGGGAGCUGUAUUUUCUAGCUCGGUAAUGGUUUGAAUUUCAUAUUACACCCUACACACACUGCAGCCUCACAGCUGUGUUUUUUAUUUAUUUUUUAUUUAUAUCUGAUUAUCCCAACAACAAUGGGGGGAUGGCAUUUCGUUUACCAAUAGAAUUUCGUUUAUCUGCUGCG